AUGACUCUCUUUUCGCCGAUGUCUUUCUUUGCGACGCCCCUGGGUGUGAGGGUGGGAGCCGGGCUCGCCGCCGUUGCCACCGCCGGAGGCUUCGCCUUCGGUUGGCUGCCUCAUACGAUAUACAUCGACAAAUAUAAGGAAGUGGUGCAAUUCUACCAGAACGGUUUCCCGGGGAAGUUGGAUGACAAGAUCCAGCGACGUGCCCGGAAAGCUCUGCUCGACGUCAAAAUCAAUGAUCGUUUCAAGGACCACAUCAGCUUUUUCCAAGUUGCAACAUUGGAUCCGAUGUUCGCGGGAACUCCUGAGAGCGGAUACGGGGCGAUACUAGGCAUUCCCGCUACGUUCGCGUUCGAAAGCGUUGAGGAUGUACCAAUAAGGGAACUCGCGCUUGUCGGGGAACCAAGCGCUGUAUCAUGGGAGUCCCCAGCGGGGAAAUUGCUGAAGGAGUCCUUCGUUUUCAGUGAUGAAGCACAGAGAUAUGCAAUCGCCCAACACAUUUACAUGGCGAACAGUAAUCAUGUCACAUUGAACACGGUCGCAUCCGCAGGAGCGGUUCUGAAUACUUACAUAACAUCGAGACUCUUCAACAAGAAACUACCCUCGGCUCCUUUCUGGGCCCGAUGUCUUAUCUAUUCGCUGUGUGCUGCCUUCAAUGCGUCAGGAUACAUCUACAUCAAAGAUAUGACAACUUAUACCAGAGAGAAAGAUGCACUAGACCGCGCCAUUGAUCUUGGGCCCGACUAUAAACGAGGUGCCGUACAGUACUACGAGAGGCUUCUCGUGAGGAACAAAGCUCUACGAGUAAUUCUUGGGAAAGAGGGUGCCUCGAAGUACACAGCGAGAGGCAAUCUAAAUACACUGAUUCGAACGCCUCACUUCCCUCUCAGCGCUGCCCUAGAUCGAGCAAAGUCGCACGAGGACGAGAUAGAGGAGUGA